AUGGGGGAAAGUGAAGAAAUUGAGGUGAUUGUGGAUGAUGACUGUAGUUUGUGUUUCCGUGCAAUGGACAUUUAUCUAGAACUAAAGAAUUUCUUGAGCAAACUUUAUAAGUUAAAGGACAAAUUAGAAGAAAAAACACAUGAAGAGUCAGACACUCAUCUGUUAAUUCAACUACAGCAAAAUAUGCAACAAUUAAUGUCUUCACAAAUGAAGCAACAAGAAUUUACAAACAGAAAAGAAGCUGAAAAAUUGUCAUCAGUUAAGCUACCGAAAAUAGAUAUGAUAUCUUUCGCCGGUGAUAAAACUAAGUGGACUGAAUUUUGGGACUGUUUCCAGAGUGCGGUACACAACAAUAAAAUGAUAUCAAACAUUGAAAAGUUUACCUAUCUGAAGAGCAAAUUAUUCGGUGAAGCAGGAAGGGCGAUUGCUGGAUAA